AUGAGAGCCACCUUGGGAUUAAAACUGAAUUUGGCUAAGGACAAUGGAGUCAUUACAGUCACACUUCCACCACAUUGUAGUCAUAGACUGCAGCCACUGGACAUAUCAGUAUUUGCGCCAUUUAAGGCGAAUUAUAAUACUGCAGUUGACUCUUGGCUUUUGCAUCAUCCGGGUAAUCCAUUAUCCAUUUACGAAAUUGCUGCUUGUGUUGGAAUAGCAUUCGAACGGUCUAUGACUCCGUCCAAUAUAAAAUCAGGCUUCAAGAAGGCCGGAAUUUACCCUUUCGACAGAAAUGUCUUUACGGACGACGAUUUCCUGUGCAGCUCUGUUACCGAUAGAGAAUUUAUAAACAUUAACAAUACAGAAGUUUCCAUCGUGGAUGAAAAUACUUCAUCAUCAUCUAAAGUAGCUCAGACAGUUACCAAUGAUACACUUAAUGAUCAGUAA